CAAAAUCGCACUCCUUACAAAACCUUGUUCAACUCAGAGAGAAGGGCAGAUGCAGUGCGCAACCACCUCCUUUCUGCGGAGGCCAUAUACUCUGCCACGUCUGCCAUCAGUUGGCUAAGAGGAGCAGAAGGCAAAGCCUCGACAGCCAAGAAGGGCUUCGAUCGAGAUUCCUGCCUGGAUACCGUCUGGCGACAGUGAGACGUAGUCGCGAUGGACGAAGACAUCGAAGAGAAAAAGCUCGUCAGCUUCGAGCAGUCAACACUCUUCCUCGCGAAACUGCAGGAGUUUAUUUGUCUCACUACUCCUGCGCUUGCAACUGCGUCAGGGAUACCCGUCACCGUUGUUUCACCGGGGAGUGCCUUCGAUUGGGAUCAAACGAAGGACAAGCUCAAUACGACCCAUGGCGAAGAAGAGCUAUUCGCAGAGCUUGCGAAUAUUCUCGAUGAGUAUCAAGAGCAAUCCUAUCUCCUCGAUCCCGUCCUGGACCGCAUGGUUGCCCCGAUAGCUACCGCUUUAAGAUGGCACAUUCAGGAUUGCUAUGCCCAGACUGGGAAAGAACGGUCCAGGAACGCAGGCGAUGAAGACGGAUAUGGUCUAGAAUGGCUCAGCAAGCUCAUGUACUUGUACACUAAGGUACGGGGCCACAAGAUCAUCACACACUUCUUUCCCCAUGAGGUCGACGACCUUUUGCCGGUGCUCGCUCUGCUCGAAGCCAGCCAAGAAGCGUCCCUCCUUGAGAGACGGAAUCAGAAGUACAGCUGGCAGGUGCGAUAUACACUCUUGCUAUGGCUCUCGCUCGUGUGCAUGAUCCCGUUCGACCUCAAGAAUUUUGACAUCACAGCCACCGGUUCGAAGGCACAUCGUGAGCCAACAGCCGAUCGGAUUGCUACUAUAGCAAAGGGCUUCUUGUCCAGCUCAGGCAAAGAAAGGGAUGCGGGCAUCAUGGUCCUAGGAAAGCUCUUUCAAAGAAAAGAUGCCGCUGCGCAACUGGAUGCAUACCUGCCAUGGUGCGAGCAGAGCUUGCAAACUGCAAAGCACGACACGUCUUUCCCCUUUCUUUCCACGGGUAUUCUCUUCUCACUUUGUGAAUUGCUGAAAGUCUUGAAUCCCGAUAGAGCAAAAGAGAUUCUGCCCCAGCUACAAUCUCUGCUCGAUACGGUUAACACUCAAGUCGAGGCUGGAGGAGAGCUAAAGAAGAACUCCCUCGUGGGAAAAGGGCGGACGAAACUCAGUGCCAGAAUCGCGCUCAAGCUGCUCAAGCCAAGAAGCGCACGGUCUUUGGCUCGUCCUGGCGUCCGUGCCAAGCCUUUGAUGGCGGAAGAAUUUGCCGCUAAUUCUGACGCAGAUGCAGAAUUCGACGAUGGUCUGGAUGCGGACGUGCCAGAAGAAGUGGACGGGUACAUCGGAGAGCUCAUUGAAAGCCUUUCGCAUCAGGACACAAUGGUUCGGUACUCGGCCGCAAAAGGCCUUGCACGAGUCUGUACGCGUCUUCCACCGUCAAUGGUGCCGCAAGUCACCGAAGCUAUCGUCUCCCUCUUCCCCAGCAACGUCAUCCAGCUGCCAGAUGGUUCGAUCGACCUGAGCGCCGCUUCGGAGCACACUUGGCAAGGAGCUUGCCUCGCGCUAGCCGAGCUCGCAAGGCGCGGCAUGCUCAGCACGGACAGCGCCUCAUCCUAUAUCCCUGCGGCAGCACAAUACGAGCUGGACGAGCAGCUCAUGUGGGUUCAACGUGCUCUUUUCUUUGACCCACGACGUGGCGCGCACAGUGUCGGGUCUGGUGUGCGCGAUGCUGCGUGCUACGUCAUCUGGGCUUUGGCGAGAGCAAACGACGAGAAAAGCAUCCGGCCGCAUGCGGAUAGCUUGGCUGCCAAUCUUGUUUGUGUCGCCUGCACAGACCGGGAAGUUAGCAUUCGCAGAGCUGCGAGCGCAGCAUUCCAAGAAUGUGCCGGGCGUCUUAAUAUCUUCCCACACGGCUUGGAGGUUAUUCGCAAAGCGGAUUUUUUCGCUGUUGGAGUUCGGAAGCAAAGCUUUCUUGAUGUUCUUCCAGCAAUAGCCGAACAUGUGAUCUACCGCGAGGCUCUUCUUCGACAACUUCAGCGCGUCUCGUUGGCGCAUUGGGAUAUCAGUGUCCGCGAGGCAGCGGCGCAAGCGAUCUGCAGUGUGGUCCGACAUGAUUUGGACAAUCUGCUUAUGCCGACGGUCGAUGCGCUCCUCCAACCGUCCAAAGACCAGCCACUUGCGCAUGGCCGCCUACUCGCCCUAGCGGCUCUCGGUGCAUCUUUUGGAACCAACGAUCCAAACGACGCAUGUGGAAGGCGUGCAAAAAUUCUUGAGUGCUGUCACACGGUAGCAAACACAUUGAGGUCUUCUGGUAUCUCUCAGCACCUUCUAGAGGCCUCAUGUAUUGCCGUCGCGGCGAACUUUGAGGGGUCAAUAGUUGCGCACAAGGCUAAACUCCCAGAUCUCGAAGACAUUCUCGAGACCGCACUCGCAAGUCCGAACGGUAGUACGCAUGAGUCAGCAUCACAGGUGGUGAAAGCAAUUGCAAGUACAUAUCCCUCAUGGGAUGUUUUCGAAAGUGUCAGGCGCCGCUGGAAGUCUUUAUCCGCAAAUCAGCAGCAAGGCUGGUCACUAGCAUUGGGAUCAAUAAAACCUCUCCAUGGAUCAAGUUCCGUCGAAGAAAUCGCUCGCUUUCUAGUCAAUAUUGUGACCCCUGGUAAGGAGCAAUACAGCAACAUCAUAGAAGCUCGGAGGAAUUCUUGCAUUUCGGUAGCAAGAUUGCUACAGCAUCAAAGUUGUUCAAAAGACACCAUUCUCGUUAUCUGCACUGCGCUCAUCGGCUGUUUGGAAGACUACACCGUCGACCAAAGAGGCGAUGUCGGCUCUUGGGUUCGAACUGCUGCGAUGCAAUCACUCGCAUCCAUCGUCGAAGGGUGUGAGGCACGCGCGCAAACAGGAUACGCCCUCCUUGAUGUUCAAAGAAGCCUUCUGAAGCAAACGGCCGAAAGGAUCGAUUCUGUCAGGUCGUGCGCAGCGAAAUCCUUGCAUCGAACCGCACAAGCUACACCAAUGAUUCCUCGAGACAGACACAUGAAGGCCCUGUUGUCAGCACUUGACGAGGCAACUGAACUCAAUCUGCGCGAUGCUUCGUGGCUGUUCACGCGACUAGUGUCUCUGCUCGACGAUAACCGGUACCGCCGCUCACUGCUCGAAGGUUUCCUGAACAGUAUUGGAAGCAAAGCAGAUGUCACGCGGCAAUCCGUUGCCUCAGCGUUACACCCAUGGCUUUUGGACAGUCCUAUACCGCGAGCAUCUCUCAUAUUGGUCGAGCUGCACAAGCUACUUGAGGCUAACUUUAGUUCUAACAAGAUCUUUGUGCCUGUUAUCGAAGCCUGCAACAUUUUAUUCGAUACAGUCUUGGAGACGUCCACCUGGGAGCAGCUUUCUAGCUUACUUCAACCAAUGUACAAGCUUGCGUUCCGAAGCGUCGACAAGAUCAAAUCACUUCCACGACUGCAGGCCUGCGUGGUUUUGUGCGUCAAUAUGUUGACGAAUGUGCCAUCGCUGCGGCGGCGAAUGGUAACGCAUAUCUGUGCAUUUUUGCGGCAUCCCUUCCCGACGCUCCGCCAAAAUGCAAGCGAACGACUCUAUAUGAUACUCGCCGACUUCCUACCAGUUGAAGCCAGCGAGAGCAGCCUUGAGGACGCAUCGAUAGCGAUGGCCGAAGCGGAAGAGCUGCUCCUUAACACUCCGUGGGUCUCUCAGAGCCGAACGUACCACGCUGAAGCGGCACGAAGGCUGGAGCAGGCACUGCUGAGAACGGUUGGCUUGAACAACGUGUCCUCAUAAUGUGCUUCCUUAUGUUGACUAGCUUUUACGUGUGUAUGUGUAAACAAGCAGCAGAGGACGCAUGCCGCUGAAGGUAGGGAGGAGAUACAGUUU